AUGGGCGAGCUCCCGGCCGGGUGUCGGAAAAGGAGGCGGAAGCGGGGAGGAGCCGCCGUCGGAGUUGGACUACAUCCGCCGCGGCGUCUCCAUGGCACGACCCUGGCCUCCGACCUCAACGACUACAUAAGGAGGCGUUUCUGGGCCCAGCCGUGUCGCUCCUGGUUUCCAUCGUGUGGGAAGAACGGAGUAACAAGUCUCACGCAGAAAAAGGUCUUGAGGACAGCUUGUGGUGCACCCAGUGUGACUGUGACGAAGCGAACUAUGAAGGACCGCUCUUCAACUCCCCCUUUACAUGUUCAUGUGGAUGAGAACACCCCUGUCCACGUCCACAUAAAAAAACUCCCGAAACCAGCAGCGACCAGCAGCCAGAAAUCUCAUAAGCGCGGAAUGAAGGGGGACACCGUGAAUGUGCGGCGGAGUGUCCGGGUGAAAACCAAGAAUCCACCUCAUUGCCUGGAAAUCACGCCACCAUCUUCAGAAAAACUGGUCUCAGUGAUGCGGUUAAGUGACCUCUCUACAGAAGAUGAUGAUUCAGGUCACUGUAAAAUGAACCAUUAUGAUAAGAAGAUUGACAGUCUAAUGAAUGCAGUUGGUUGUCUCAAAUCUGAGGUCAAGAUGCAAAAGGGUGAGCGCCAGAUGGCCAAAAGGUUUUUGGAAGAGCGGAAGGAGGAGCUGGAGGAGGUGGCCCACGAGCUGGCUGAGACCGAGCAUGAGAACACGGUGCUGAGGCACAACAUCGAGCGCAUCAAGGAGGAGAAGGACUAUACCAUGCUUCAGAAGAAACACCUCCAGCAGGAGAAGGAGUGCCUCAUGUCCAAGUUGGUAGAGGCUGAAAUGGAUGGAGCUGCUGCUGCCAAGCAAGUCAUGGCCUUGAAGGACACCAUCGGAAAGCUGAAGACGGAGAAACAAAUGACUUGCACGGACAUCAAUACCUUAACGAGGCAGAAGGAACUUCUCCUGCAAAAGCUGAGCACAUUUGAGGAGACCAACCGCACCCUCCGUGACCUGCUGAGGGAACAGCAUUGCAGAGAGGAUUCCGGAAGGCUGAUGGAGCAACAAGGAACACUUCUGAAACGGCUGGCGGAGGCAGACUCUGAGAAAGCGCGGCUGCUGUUACUGCUGCAAGACAAGGACAAAGAGGUGGAAGAGCUUCUCCAGGAAAUACAGUGUGAGAAGGCUCAAGCAAAGACAGCAUCUGAGCUCUCUAAGUCCAUGGAGUCUAUGCGUGGGCACUUGCAGGCACAGCUUCGAUGCAAAGAGGCAGAGAACAGUCGCUUGUGCAUGCAGAUCAAGAACCUGGAGCGCAGUGGGAACCAGCACAAGGCAGAAGUGGAGGCCAUCAUGGAGCAGCUGAAGGAAUUGAAGCAAAAGGGAGACCGAGACAAAGAGUCUUUGAAAAAGGCCAUCCGAGCCCAGAAGGAACGAGCUGAGAAGAGCGAGGAAUACGCGGAGCAGCUGCACGUGCAACUUGCUGACAAGGAUCUUUAUGUUGCUGAAGCUUUAUCCACUCUGGAAUCAUGGAGAAGCCGAUACAACCAAGUUGUAAAAGAUAAAGGGGACCUCGAGCUGGAAAUUAUUGUCCUGAACGACCGAGUAACAGAUCUGGUAAACCAACAACAAACCUUGGAGGAGAAGAUGCGUGAAGAUCGGGACGGCCUGGUGGAGAGACUACACCGGCAGACUGCGGAGUAUUCUGCAUUCAAACUGGAGAAUGAGAGGCUGAAGGCUAGCUUUGCUCCGAUGGAGGACAAACUCAAUCAGGCUCACCUCGAGGUCCAGCAGCUGAAGGCAUCGGCUAAGAAUUAUGAGGGGAUGAUUGACAGCUAUAAGAGUCAGGUGAUGAAGACCAGGUUGGAGGCUGAUGAAGUGGCUGCCCAGUUAGAACGCUGUGACAAAGAGAACAAGAUCCUUAAAGAUGAGAUGAACAAAGAGAUUGAAGCGGCACGUAGGCAGUUCCAGUCCCAGCUGGCUGACCUGCAGCAACUGCCUGACAUCCUCAAGAUCACAGAGGCUAAGCUGGCAGAGUGCCAAGACCAGCUGCAGGGCUAUGAGAAGAAGAACCUCGACCUCACAGCCAUCAUAUCAGAUCUGCGCAGCCGGAUCGAACAUCAGGGGGACAAGCUGGAGAUGGCAAGAGAGAAACACCAGGCUUCCCAGAAGGAAAAUAAACAGCUGAGUCUGAAGGUGGAUGAACUGGAGAGGAAACUGGAGGCGACCAGUGCCCAGAAUAUCGAGUUCCUACAGGUGAUUGCCAAGCGGGAAGAGGCAAUCCACCAGUCCCAGCUUCGGCUGGAGGAGAAAACACGGGAAUGUGGGACCCUGGCGAGGCAGUUGGAGAGCGCCAUUGAAGAUGCUAGGAGGCAGGUGGAACAAACCAAGGAGCACGCUGUCUCCAAGGAACGAGCAGCCCAGAACAAAAUCCUGGACCUUGAAACCCAGCUGAGCAGGACCAAAACUGAACUCAGCCAGCUGCGGCGGAGCCGUGAUGAUGCUGACCGCCGCUACCAGAGCCGGCUGCAAGACCUGAAAGAUCGCCUGGAGCAGUCGGAGAGCACCAACCGCAGCAUGCAGAACUAUGUCCAGUUCCUCAAGUCGUCCUAUGCCAAUGUGUUUGGGGAUGGUCCUUACACUACCUACCUGACCAGCUCUCCCGUCCGCUCCAGAUCUCCUCCUGCCUGAGGCCGCAGUCUUGGGCCAGGAGCCGGAUUGAUGCCAUGGGAACUGACGAGUUGCCAAGCCAAACCUGGAAAGCCUAUUGGUUUUCCUCUCCCUUCCAGUGAUGAAGUGUGUUCAGGAUCUUGUCCUUAGCUACGGGCUGCAUGGAAGUCCCUAAAGCAGCAGGGGAUGAAGAAGCAGGAACCACUUAGUUCUUUCCUCUCUGCUAGAGUUACCUGAUGGAAGUUUUUAAUUAUCUUGCCAGGCCUUAAAUCCACUACUAUGAGAUAACAAAAUUUUAACACACCAUGACUUCACUUAUUUGUUUCCCAAGAGAAUGUUUGGACUGGACUUUUUCUUCCAGUCCCCUUACAGCCCUCUUUCUAGAAAUAUCUUUCUUAAGCAUUCUCAGACCUGAUCCAGCAAGAGCUGUAGAAGUCCUCACCACCCCUCUUGGGUUGUGAGCGUGUUCACUUCCUCUUUUCCUUAUUUUAUGGGUGCGGUGUUUUCACCAACCUCAGUGAAAACCUCUCAUACUCGAGUUUCCUUGAGGUCACUUGCCCCCACACACUUCACAGUAGACACACAAGGGCUUACGUCCAGUUGGCCUUUCAAAAGUGUAAUCCCAAGAUCAUUGAUUUUUGUUUCUCUUUGUUGGGUUUGUAUCUAUGGAAUGCAUUUAUCCUUGAAAUAUCUGUGUUGUUUUACAAAAAGUUUUUAUAAUCA